AUGGGCCAUGGCACCUUUGUGGCCGCUGCUGCCUCUGCCUCUGCCUCUACGUCUGCGUCUGCGUCUGCGUCUCCGCCUGCGUCUGGCUGCAGUGCGCGCGGCCGAACGAGGGCUAACGCCUGGCAGGGGACUGCUCUAAGACGGCCAGGAACCGAGCUGCAUGAGCGGUCAACCAUCCCAGACACCCUGCCCCCAAAGCGUCGCCCUGCAGACGCCCUCCACCCCGUUGCUUCUCCGCGUCUGGCCUGUCUUCUUUCCGUCUGCUUCGGGCCACCAAACCGGCCGUUCGCCGGAACAGGGCCCUCAUCUGCCCGCCUGUCCGCCUGCCAUUCGCUGCCCGCCCGCGACCACGGCCUGUGGCUGGGCCGCCCCGAUGAGAGCUUCGGCGACGUUACACAGACGUGUACGCUCCCAGACCCUGCCGCCCCAUCCAUCUCUCCCAGAGCGACUCGACAGGGCCCAUUAGGGCACUGUGACUGCUGCCGUUGGUACGGAUGGCCGCCUUCGCCCUUUGCAGAAGACGCGCAGCUCCUCGAUGCACCUGAGAGAAACGGGCACCGCCGCCGGCACCAGAGCACCCCUCUACCAGGUUCAGCUGGGCGCCGACAUGUCGCAUGCAGCCUCGUCUCUUAG